UCCCAUUAUAUUGAGAGAGUUUCAUGAGCACGCGUACAGAAAGUACGACUUGCGAUACUAUCAACAACAUUGUGUGUGCUUGCUUGAAAGCCACGUGAAAUUGUUGCCAACUCAUAUGAGCCCUGCAGAGGGGUUGUGUGAACAUUGGUGCCCAAGGCUUACGCGGGUAGCUCAUUUUCAAAUAACAGUGCAGCCGAAGCCUGCUGGUAACAGCAUUUGAUAUUUAGUUCCCAGUUGUUGAAACAUAUUCGACCAACAUGUCCAGCUUCAUCUUGUCUCGAUUUCUAUACCCAGAAUCAUGACGAUUUUUAAACAAUCCCCUUUCGCAAACGAUGCAUACACCAUUGGGUGGAUUUGUGCUCUCCCAGUUGAGUUUGCAGCAGCAAGGGGAAUGAUGGACGAGGAUCACGGAGAACCACAGACUCCACCAGCAGGAGCAGACAGCAACUCAUACUUCUUGGGCUCUAUGGGCAAGUUCAAAAUCGUGGUGGCCUGCCUUCCCCUACACCAACCUGGCUCUCCACCUGCUGUAGCUGCGGCCAAAGAAAUGCUCUUUACUUUUCCAAAGAUCCGUAUCGGACUGCUCGUAGGAAUCGGCGCAGGAAUUCCAGACAUCGACAAUGAGCUGGACAUUCGUUUGGGCGACGUGGUCGUCGGGAGUAGCCCACAAAGUGGAGGGGUUAUUGUCUACGAUUUUGGAAAGAUACGCGAUGGGUCAUUCGAGAGCCUUUCGGUGUUGAAUCGCCCUCCAAAAUCCCUGGGCACUGCCCUAGGAAAACUUCAAGCACUACACGAGAGCCGCGAAAAUAUGGUGCCUCAUUAUGUCGAGGAGAUGCUGGUGAAGCACCCUGUAAUGCGGAAAAACUACACCCAUCCUGGCCAGUCGUCCGAUCGGCUCUUUCAGGCCAACUACCGUCAUGUUUCUGGUCCUAGAAACUGCAACAAGUGCGAAGCAUCUCAGAUCGUCGAACGCGAGCCGCGGCCGGAUGAGGAUCCAGUGAUCCAUUACGGCACCAUAGCAUCUGGCAGUAUGGUGGUCAGAGAUGCAGCGAUACGCGAUGAAUUACGGGAUAGACAUGGGGCAAUAUGCCUAGAGAUGGAAGCAGCCGGCUUGAUGAACAAUUUCCCGUGUGUUGUGGUUCGUGGCAUCUCAGAUUACGGGGAUUCUCAUAAAAAUGAUCGUUGGCAAAGGUUUGCGGCAGCGGCAGCAGCAGGCUGUGCAAAAGAACUCAUGCAGCAGAUACAGAUAAAUGCUCUAGAUGGGGAGCCUGCAGCAAAGGACCUUGUGUAUCAAGGUCAGUUCCGUGUAUAGAGAGCUAGUAGAAAUGUAUAUAUACAGUGCUUC